AUGACCCGCACCAUUCGCACAGUCAUCAUUGGCGGUGGCCUGUCCGGCAUCACGCAGGCGAUCCGUCUGAAGAAGGAGCUCGGCGACCGCGUCCAGAUCACUGGCUCCCCCGGUGGCGUAUGGCGCGACUCGAUUUGGCCCGAGGCGGGUGUCGAUGUUCCGAUCCACCUGUACACGCUCGAGACGGACCUCGAGACCGACUGGCGCGAGUACUUUGCCUUCCAGCCCGAUGUGCUCGCGUACUGGCUCCGCCUCGUGGACAAGUACGAGCUGCGCGACUCCUUCGUCUUCAACUCGGAGUACGUCGGGUCGCACUGGGACGAGCGCACGCAGACCCACAGCGUCACCAUCCGCAACACGAAGACCAAGGCGCAGACCGAUAUCACGACCGAGGUGCUCAUCUCGGCCACUGGUCCGCUCGCGAAGCGCAAGUUCCCGAACGUCCCGGGGCUCAAGGACUUCAAGGGCGCGUGGUUCCACAACCUCGACUGGGACGGCAGUGUCAAGCUUGAGGGCAGGCGCAUCGCCGUCGUCGGCAACGGAUCCUCUGGUGUUCAGAUUGUGCCCGGCCUCGCCAAGCUCCCCGGCACGCAGGUCACGCACUACAUCCGCUCGGGAGGCUACUUCAUUCCCAAGAUCCAGCGCGAGUACACACCCUGGGAGCGCUUCGCGUUCCAGUGGAUCCCCGGCUACCUACGCUGGCACCGCUUCGGCAUUCUCCAGGAGCACGACCGUCACUGGUCGAUCAAGUUCAGUGGUGACAACAAGCAGCGCGAGCAGGACGAGCGCGAGCUGCUCGCAUACCUCCGCGCCAAGGCGCCGGCCAAGUAUCUCGACGCGCUGACCCCGACAUGGCCUCUCGGCACGAAGCGACCCCCGCUCGACCUCGGCUGGCUCGACAGUCUGCACUGGGACAACGUCGAGCUCGUUAACGGCGCGCUCGAGUCCGUCGACGCGACUGGCAUCACUGUGAACGGCCAGCACCGCGACCACGACAUCAUAGUCUACGCGACAGGAAGCGACAUUGGCGCACACGGCCUCGGCGCCAACACCCGUCUCUUUGGCGAGGGCAACCUCGAGCUGGAGCAGUACUGGACCUCGAUCGGCGGUCCGCAGGCAUACGCCGGCAUCGCCGUGCCGCGGUUCCCGAACUACUUCACGAUCAUUGGUCCCAACUCGGUCGCCGGAAGCUGGGGAUACACCGCACUCCGCGAGACGGCCGCUGUCGCCCGCAUCGUCCGCGAGAUCCUCGAUUACAACCUCAGCAGUGUGCAGCCGAAACAGGCUGUGUUUGAGCACGAGAGCGAGGAGAUCCAGAAGGAGCUCAACAAGGCGACCAUUGCCGUUGCCGGCGUAGACAACUACUGGCGUUCCCCGGGUGGCCGCAUCACCGUCAACUCGCCUCUGUCGGGCAUCGGGCUGUGGUGGCGGACACAGCGCACGCGCUGGGGCGACUGGGACGCCGUGCGCCUCGUGAAGGGCUCUGACGGCAAGACACGUCUGCAGCACGUCGACGUCCUGGCCAUCAAGCGCCGGCGGGCAGCCGUCAAGGCGCUCCUCGUUGCCGCGCUGGGCGCGACGCUGUACAAGCGAUGGGAUGCGGUCGUCGCCGCCUUCCAGUGGGCCGUGAAGGAGACGGGUGCGGACAAGCUGCUGCAACAUAUUCGCGCUUAG